AUUUCUAUCCUCCUGCACACUCACUGUUUUUCAUUUCCCCAGAUGAAGCCCAGGCUGGAUGCAACAACAGUCAAUGAUAAUCAAAGCCUUGGACAAGUUGUGACAGAGUUCAUUCUGUUAGGAUUUCCUCAAGUCCAGGUGUUAGAAGUCUUCCUUUUUGCAGUCAUCUCUGUUAUUUUCACUCUCACCCUCUUGGGUAAUCUGAUUAUCAUCAGUGUUGUAGUAAUUGAUGCUCAUCUUCACACACCCAUGUACUUUUUUCUGGGGAAUCUUUCCCUUCUGGAAAUAUUCUUCACCUCAGCCAUUGUGCCCAAGAUGUUGGCUAACUUGCUGGUAAGGAAGAAGACUAUCUCAUUUUCGGCUUGCAUUGCUCAGUGUCAUUUCUACUUUUUCCUGGGCUCCACUGAGUUGCUCCUCCUGAGUGUGAUGUCCAUUGAUCGCUAUGUCGCUAUCUGCAACCCACUGCGCUAUCCCGUCAUAAUGAACAGUCGUGUCUGCGUCUCUCUGGUGCUUGGCUGCUGGGUGGGUGGCUUUUUGCACAUCCUGUGGCCAACAGUAGUGAUAUCUCAGCUCCCUUUCUGUGGCCCAAAUGUAAUCAAUCACUUCUUUUGUGACAGCACCCCGCUCUUGAAGCUUUCUUGCUCUGAUACACAACUCAUUGAACUGGUUGAUGUGCUUCUCGCUUCCUUUAUGCUUGUGGGCACUCUGCUGCUCAUCAUAAUAUCUUACAUCUACAUUAUCUCCACUGUACUUAAGAUCCCAUCAGCCACCGGGAGGCUCAAGGCCUUUUCCACCUGUGCCUCACACAUCACCGUGGUGACAAUCUAUUAUGGCAGCUCCAUUUUUAUGUAUGCCCAGCCAGCCCAGAGCUCCUCUCUGGAGUUCAACAAAGUGGUGGCCAUUCUGACAGCUGUGGUGACACCACUUCUAAAUCCUCUUAUUUACAGCCUGAGAAAUGAAAAGGUGCAGGAAGCCCUGAAAGAUAUGGUAAAGAGAAAACAUGCUUCCCAGAUAAGCACAGACUCUUUGAUAUGAUUCCAUGUCCUUCUUUUAAAGGCUUCACAAAUGCACCCUAAUCAAUAGAGAGUUCUGUCAUGGAUCCCACUGAAUUAGCUGCCAUGUGUACAAGAGGCAUGGCUUCCAUGAUGAAUCAGAGGCUGUGCUAAUGCUUGGACAUUGUUUUAAUCUCCUUUUUUCUGAUGUUAUGCUGAUGAAGCCAAUGAACCUCAAAGCCAGAUACUGUAAUACUUGAAGCCUAAGACGAUAGUCCAAGAGAACUGUUCCUGUUGAAUCAUAACAAGAAACCUGUAUUAAAGAAUAAAAUGAGCACAGUUGCUGGAAAACAAGGUGAUCUUUUGAUUUAAAGAAAGGAAUGCAGAAUUUAAAAAAGAAAAAGAAAAAGAAAAAAAAUUAUUAUAGGCUCUUUUGUGGAAGAUAUUCUUUGUUAGUAAUUUUCUUUCUUAUAGAUUUGCUUUUCAUUUGUUUGCAUUGUUAAUGACUUUUUAAUAAAAGUCUAAAUUGUUUUCAAAAAGGACUCACACAUUUGAAUAGCAUAUCAGUAAUUCCUGUGGAGCAAAGCCCCUUUCUGAAAGAACACUUGUCAUUCUGCAUAGCAUACAAUAAAGCUUGCAAAGUUUCAAGCAC